ACCAACUCCGGCGGCCGGUGCAGCAGCUAGCAGUGGACGUACUUAUACGUCUCCCCCCAGCUAGCUCUACCUUAGGUAGCAUAGUGGUGCGGCCGCGCUUGGUUUAAACUAGACACAUGGCGCCUCAAAGCUUGGAUCUUGGGCUGAGUCUCGGCCUGGGCGUGGCGGCGUUCCAGCCCAGCAGCUUCUGCCACCCCGGCAAUGCCGUCGUCGUCCCCGCGGCGGCGGAGCGGGAGGCCAGCCCGGCCGCGGCGGAGGAGAGGGAGCGGAGGUGCUCGCCCGCCGGCAGCCCGGUGUCGAGCGGCAGCGGCAGCGGGAAUAAGCGCGGCGCGGCGGAGAGGUCGGCCGGCGCCGGCGCCGGUAGCGGCGACGAGGACGACGACGGUGCCGCACGCAAGAAGCUGCGGCUGUCCAAAGACCAGGCCGCCGUUCUCGAGGAGUGCUUCAAGACGCACCACACCCUCACUCCGAAGCAGAAGGUGGCGCUGGCCAGCAGCCUGGGCCUCCGGCCGCGGCAGGUGGAGGUGUGGUUCCAGAACCGGCGCGCCCGGACCAAGCUGAAGCAGACGGAGGUGGACUGCGAGUACCUCAAGCGCUGGUGCGAGCAGCUCGCCGAGGAGAACCGCCGCCUGGGCAAGGAGGUCGCCGAGCUCAGGGCGCUCAGCGCCGCGCCGGCGGCCCCGCUCACCACCCUCACGAUGUGCCUCUCCUGCCGGCGCGUCGCCUCCUCGUCCCCGCCGUCGUCGUCGUCGUCGCCCAACAUCCCCGGCGCCGCAGCUGCCAGUGGCGGGAGCAUGGCCUCUCCGGCGGCGGCGGCGGCGACGUUGCCCGCCCACAGGCAGUUCUUCUGCGGGUUCAGAGACGCCGGGGCGGCGGCCGCGGCGUACGGGACAGCCUCGUCGGGGCUCGCGAAGCCGGUCAGGGCUGCCAGAUAGGCUUAGUGCAGUGGAAAUGCAUGGGUCCGUUUAAGUUACAACUGCAAAGCAAGUGUUGUGGCUGAAACUGAAACUGAAAGCUGAAUUUUUUUAUGUAUCUUUAGAGGGGAAGGAAUGCAUGCAUGCAAUGCAAAUCUUUUUUAUUAAACAAGGUUAAUUAGGA